AUGCCUCCGCGUAGGGCGCAUACCAAGUCUCGCCAGGGCUGUGAUCAGUGCAAACGACGUCGCGUCAAGUGUGACGAACAGGGGCCCCCGUGCUCCAAUUGUAUCUCACGGGAGCUGGCAUGUACUUAUCUGAGAGCACAAUCUCGGCCGGAAACCCGGCGAGACCAAACCCCAGCCCCGCUAGCUACGGUUCUUCCAAGUCCCCCGCAACCACUGGGGAUCCCCAGCCCUGCAGCCUCCACUCCUUCCAAUGUGUCUGCGGUGCGAGAACUGGAGUUGAUGCACAAGUUCUCCACAGAGACAUAUCAGAGUCUAUGUACCACUAACUCUGCCCACUACGUGUGGCAAGUCGCCAUUCCUCGCAUAGCUCUGCAGUACGACUUUCUCAUGAAUGGCAUUUUGGCCUUGGGGGCCCUCCACAUCGCUGCCGCACUGGAACCGCCAGCUUCCUUGGCGUAUAUUGACACGGCCCUGCAGUACCACAGUCUCACAUUUGCACCGUACCGCUUUGCAGUUGACCACAUUAAUCCCAUGAACUGUGAGGCUGUCUUGGCACAGUCCAUUAUAACCACUGUGAUCGGCAUUGCAAUCCCGAGAGUAAGCUCUGCUCGCGGGGAAACCACAGGAAUCACCGAAAAUAUCGUCGUGGUAUUCGAGCUUCUUCAGGGUGUGAAGAAAAUCCACAGGAUCGGUGAAUCGUGGAUCAAGCUAGAGCUUUUUGCUCGCCGGAGAAACAACUGGGACUCAAGCUCGUUGGGGUUAGACAGCGAGACGCAGGUCGCUCUCGACCGACUGGGGACUUUGAAUGACGAGAGUCUCGCUAGUAUCGACCCUGACCAGCAUCAAAUAAACAAAGAUGCCAUCAUCCACUUGCGCCACUUUUCAAUGCGAAUUGCCAACGUGGUAGAUGCCGCAAAUGUGUUGGCCUGGCUAGCCAUGGUCGACAAAGAGUUUGUGGACAAUGUCCGACGCCGGCAACCUUUGGCUUUGCUGAUUCUAAUGCAUUGGGGAGUGUUGCUUGGAGAGCUGGAUGGUCAACAUUGGUGGGCCCGCGACUCGGGUCGAGCUUUGGUUUCUGAAUUGUUGACGACUCUGCAGCCUGCAGAUGCUCAAUGGGCCAAGGCGGUGGCCUGGCCUCGGAACAAGAUGGCCCUUUGA